AUGCACAACCUCUACUUCCUCGUCCUCCCCAUCCUCAUAAUCACCCUCUUCUUCCAUAUACCCCCCGCUAACGCCUUCCCACAUGUACAGGGAAAUAGCAAACGCAACGCCCUCACCUGCGGCCUAACCGCCGCAGACAUCGCCUUCAAAUCCGCCGCCGAAAUCCCCAACGUCCAAACGACACUAUCCACCUGGGCCGAGUCCGCCCGCGCAGAUCCCUCUCUACUUCCUUAUGUCCUGGCAAACCAUAAGCCAAACGGCUGCAUCAAACCCUUCAUCACUUAUGGUACGGUGACACUCGGUAUGUGUGUAGGUGAUCACGGAGGAGGCCAUGCUGGUAUUGUCUGGGAGGUCGACGAAAUCGUGGAUGCUGUGAAUAGGAUGAUUGAGGCGUGUCAGAUGGCGGGGCAAGUGAGGGUGAAGGGGAUGGCAGAGAUUGGAGGGACUAGGGGAGGUGUGUGGAUUGGGUACAGGGAUGUGGGGAGGGGGUGA